UCAUAACACGAACUCCUCUUUUACCACUCUUCACUCUUGAAACCGCCUUCAUCAACCGCUCUGCUUCAGCUAUUCUCCGCCAUCAAUGGCCAAAACUAUCAAAUUUUAAGUCCAAUAACCGAAUUCCUCAUCGGAGGCCGCUUCCAGUAUACCCGCCGAGAGCCGCACCCAAUCCAAUCACCGUCGUCUCUGUCAGGUGAUUGAUACAAAGAGGAAGAUAAGUUCUACAGAAAGUAUGAAUACGGUGGAAACCAAAGUUGGUAGUUUAUGGAAGGGCUGUCACAACGACAAUGCUGUGCGUUCAGGUAGUCGAAAAAAGGAGAGUAUGGAGCCUGAGAAUUUGGAGAAUGGAAUGGCAGAAUUGGUUAGGUCUGUUGGUAUCAUUGGACAAGAGAUUGCAAUUGAUGUAGGGAAGCCAACAUGGCGGAUUAUCAGAUGGGACGACUCCAAUCAUUCUUGGGAAGAACUUGAUGCUGACAGCGAUGAUGGAUGCCCGUCAAAAUUCUUGAUUCAGUGCCUUAACUCAAUUCAGAAUGCUCUGGAGCUUAGUCCUGAAGAAGGCAGACCUUUUUUCACUAAUUCUUGGGGGUAUGAGUUUUGGAGUUGUUACAACAAUGGAAAUGAUGUAUUGGAUACGGAUGGAGUUUAUUCCAAGAUUGAGAAGAUUGCUUGGAUAACAUCAACUGCCACUGAUUCCAUCUCAAUGAAGGAGAAAGAGGGUGUAUCGUUAAAUUGCCCUUUUCUUUUAUAUCUUGUGCCGUCUCAAGACAUAGCUUGCAAGGUACUUGAGGUCUGCAAGCCUUUGGAAGCUCUUGGUGUAUGUACAUUGUUUUUGCAUUCUGGUAUUUCCAUAGAUCUCCAAAUUCAAAGUUUAAAGACUUCUGAGCCCGAGUUUAUAAUCUCCACCCCAGAGAGGCUCCUGGAGCUUUUGUCCUUGAAGGCUGUCAACGUAUCGGAUUUAUCCUUAAUGGUUAUUGAUGGACUAGAAGUCCCUUUUGGAGGCACUUACCUUGAUGCUGUCAAAUCAAUGCGGCAAUUUAUCUCUGGAAAUACUCAAACUGUUAUUUUCUGUUCUAAAGCUGCUGGAGGAUCAAUCUGCUAAUGAUUUGUCGGUGCUUCUGUUAAACGUGAAAUGUGAUCAUCUCAAAUUUUUUGAAGCGGAUGAUAGCUAUUAUGGGGCUCAAAGAGUUAGUUCCAAUAAGUUUUUCUUAUGUUCCAGUCUGGCUAGAUUGCAUACAAUUUUGAUGCUGCUUCAUGCACAAUAAGAGGUGGUUUCAGUCUUUUGAGGACUUCGCUUUGUUCGUGGCACGAAGAAAUUUUUACAUUCCGACUACAACUGCAGACAGAUAUUGAACGUUACAACGACGUGUGAGUUUAUGUCACAUACAGAAACAUUUAGUUUCUUUAGCAGAAAUAAGUAAGUUCUGCUAAUCAUUCAUUAUUUCUUUUGUUGAAGAGUUUAAGGGCAGAAGUUUUGUGGAUGUGUUUCUCCUACUUCUUUGGGUUUGUGAAGACAAUUUUUUGGUGUGACACUAUUAUUGCCAAAUGAAGAAAGCUUGAUUAUGGUUGCA